AUGAAGCUGCCAUUUCAUCAUGAACAUCGAAGACGCAAUUAUGGUUGGCCGAAUGAGACUGGCAAAGUUAAAAUGGACUCGAAGCUAAUAUACGAGAGGAAACUAGGAGAGGAAACUAGGAUAUUGGACAUUUGUAUGG